UGAACCUGAAACUAUUAGUGACGUUAUUGCUUUUUAAAUUGUUAGCUAAAUGUUUACGUUAAGUGCUUUCUAUUUGAGCUGCAAUAAAACUCGUGUCGUGGAAUUUGCCUUUACAAUAAUGGCAAGCCCAUGCAUCUAUAAAAUGCGGCUAUAUCAGAAGUGCAUUCGAAAUAAAUGGUCAAGAUGUUGAUACCGUCAACCAUAUAUUUUCCCAUUGAAAUAUUACUAAACACAAUAAUUAAUAACUAUUUGCAAACGUCUUUUUGCUUAACGUUUGUCACUGAAACAGAAUUAAUGAUUAACUUACCAUUAAACAUGAGCUCUAUGAGAAUAAUACCUAAUAAUUCAGAACUGGUACAGCAAAUUUUGGAGACAUCGGAAAAAGCUUGUACCGAUUACAUUAUACAAAUGGAUGAACCUCGAAAUUUUAUGAUAGCUUUUGACAAGGUCAAUCAUGUUGGGGAUGUAAGGAAAAGUGACAAAAAACUUAUAUUUCUACCGCUAGAAGACGAAUUUUACAAUCCAAGUGUCCUUACUGAUCUUUUGUCGCUGAAGGAAACUGGUUACGUUCCUAAUAUUUUGUUAAUAACACCUACUGGACAAAAAUCAUCAGACUGUAAAGUAUACGACAUGAUAACUCAUACAUUUGUCGGUGCCGAAGAACAAAUACAAAAUCCCUUGUACUUGGAUCGUUGGGAUUGUUGCACCGAAGUGUUUGAAAAGGAGGUAAAUUUGUUUCCUCAUGACAUGUCCAAUCUAUACGGCAAGAAGGUCAAAGUAGGAGCAUUUACGUAUAAACCAUACGUAUUAUUAGACCUGGAGCCAUCUCUGGCUCCGCUAGGCCGCGAUGGUAUAGAUAUACGCUUCAUAGAGGAGUUUUGCAGGUGGAUUAAUUGUACAGUGGAAAUCGUGAGACCCGACGACGGACAGGAGUGGGGUGAGAUUUAUGAAAACAACACAGGCAUCGGCCUAGUCGGAAAUCUGGUCGAAGAUCGAACUGAAAUUGGAAUUACAUCGCUCUAUUCCUGGUACGAAGAAUACAGGGCAUUGGAUUUUUCAGCUCCAAUUAUUAGAACGGCUGUCACUUGCAUUGCACCCGCACCUAGGAUUUUGUCAAGUUGGGACUUACCACUGGUGCCAUUCUCCUGGCUGAUGUGGAUGUGUUUGAUAGCCACUUUCUUCUUCGCUUCAUUUGCCCUUUUUGUAGCGCAGCGGUCUACUGACGACAUUUUCUUCGUUACAUUUGGAAAUAUGAUAGGUCAGAGUCCCGGAGACUCAAGUUCCUGGCGUAUACGUAGCAUCUCCGGCUGGAUGCUAGUGACAGGCCUAGUCAUAGACAAUGCAUACAGCGGCGGCCUGGCGUCCAGCUUCACGGUCCCCAAGUACGAGGCCUCCGUAGACACGAUACAGGAUCUGGUGGACAGGAAAAUGGAGUGGGGCGCUCCUGUAGACGCUUGGUUAUAUUCUAUGAUACUUUCUGAAGAGCCCCUAAUCAAGAGUGCAAUAAGUCAAUUUAAAGUUUAUCCACCAGAAACAUUGACAAAAAAGAGCUUUACACGGAGUAUGGCGUUCAGCAUUGAACGCCUACCGGCGGGAUCCUUCGCGAUCGGCGAGUACAUAACCAAGGAAGGAGCCAAGAACCUCGAGCUGAUGGUGGAGGACAUGUAUUACGAGCAGUGCGUGGUGAUGACGAGGAAGAGUUCACCGUAUACCGCCAAGCUUACCGAGUUGGUUGGUCGUCUUCAACAGUCUGGGUUGUUGCUGUGUUGGGAGACGCAGAUCGCUUUGAAAUAUUUGGAUUUCAAAGUGCAACUAGAAGUAAGACUGUCUAGAACAAAGAAAGACAUAGAUGGAGUUGAGCCGUUAAACGUAAAACAGCUAUUGGGUAUCUACUUGCUUUACUUUGGAGGACUCUCUAUAUCAAUCGUAGUUUUCAUUGCGGAAUUGCUCAUUAAACGCGGUAAAGCUAUCAAGAUGAUAAUGCCAAGUAAACUAUUCCCCGUUGAAAUAUUACUCAACAUAUUAAUAAAUGAGCAUUUACAGGAAUAUUUUUGCUUAACGUUUGUUACUGAAACAAAAUUAACCGUUAACAUUCCUAUAAAUAUGAGUUUAAUGAUAAUACAGCCCAACAAUUCAGUACUUGCGGAACAGAUUUUGGAUGCGUCGGAAAAAGGUUGCUCUGACUACAUUAUUCAAAUGCAUGAACCUGAAAACUUCAUGAUAGCUUUUGAGAAAGUUAAUCAUUUAGGAGACAUAAGGAGAAGUGUCAAGAAACUUAUAUUUUUGCCCGUUCAAGAUGAUAUGAACAACAGAAGUGUUCUUACAAAUAUUUUGGCGCUAAGAGAAACUGGUUUUGUAGCUAAUAUAUUGUUGGUAGUACCUUCUUUACAAAGCUCAGGCGACUGUAAGGUAUAUGACAUGAUAACUCAUACAUUUGUCGGAUCCGAUGAAGAUGUACAAAAACCUUUGUAUUUAGAUCGUUGGGAUUCUUGUACAGGACAUUUCGAGAGAGGAGUGAAUUUGUUCCCUCACAACAUGUCGAAUUUAUACGGCAAGACGGUUAAAGUUGCCGCGUUUACGUAUAAACCAUAUGUUUUAUUAGACCUCGAUCCAUCUUUGAACUCUCUAGGCCGCGAUGGCAUGGAAAUGAGAAUUAUCGAUGAGUUCUGCAGGUGGGUGAAUUGUACCGUGGAAAUAGUAAGAGAUGACGAGCACGAGUGGGGCGAGAUUUAUGAGAAUAAUACGGGCGUCGGGGUUCUGGGCAAUGUGGUUGAAGAUCGUGCCGACAUAGGGAUAACGGCGCUCUAUUCCUGGUACGAUGAAUUCAGAGUGUUGGACUUUUCUGCUCCUAUUAUUAGAACUGCUAUCACUUGCGUCGCACCGGCACCAAGAAUUUUGACAAGUUGGGAUUUACCCUUGGUGCCAUUCACGUGGACGAUGUGGAUGUGUCUAGUGUUUACCUUCUUCUACGCUUCGUUUGCCCUUUCCAUAGCCCAGCGCUCUACCGAUAAUGUUUUCUUAGACACUUUUGGGAUGAUGAUCACUCAAACUCGCGAGGACGCAACUUCAUGGCGCAUACGUAGCAUCACCGGCUGGAUGCUAGUGACGGGCCUCGUCAUAGACAACGCCUACAGCGGCGGCCUGGCGUCCAGCUUCACGGUCCCCAAAUACGAGGCCUCCAUAGACACGGUGGAGGACUUGGUGGAUAGGAAAAUGGAGUGGGGCGCUACGCAUGAUGCUUGGAUAUUUUCUAUUAUGCUGUCUGAGGAGCCUUUGAUCAAGAGUUUGCUCAGCCAAUUUAAAACUUAUCCAGCGGACAUAUUAAGGCAGAAGAGCUUCUCAAGAAGUAUGGCUUUUAGCAUUGAACAUCUUCCAGCAGGAUACUUCGCGAUUGGCGAAUACAUAACCAAAGAAGCAGCGAUGGACCUCGAAAUAAUGCUUGACAAAAUCUAUUACGAACAGUGCGUUGUGAUGUUGAGGAAGAGUUCUCCGUAUACUGCGAAACUCAGCGAGUUAGUUGGUCGCCUUCACCAGUCUGGGCUAAUGCUGUCUUGGGAGACGCAGGUGGCUUUAAAAUAUCUCGAUUUCAAAGUACAAUUGGAAGUAAGGUUGUCUAGAGCAAGAAAAGAUUUGGAAGAAAUUGAGCCGCUAAGCAUAAAACAGCUUUUGGGCAUCUACAUUUUUUACUUCGGAGGAGUGGUAAUAGCACUUCUUGUUUUCUUCGGGGAAUUACUCUCUAAGUGCAGCAAACCUUCAAUAGUGUUAUAAUUAUUACCUUAUAUUAUCCUCCUAAGACCCAAGGACCUGCCUAUAGUACUCUCCUUAUUCAGUUCGAGGAAAUUUAAAUCAUAUCCAAUUGGAGCAGAGUUGCAUUUGUUUUGUUUCGUUCAAUUUUCAAACUAAACAAAAUUCAACUCUAUUCCCGGCACUAUAGCUUCUAAUUUCAGUGGCAAUUUUGGAAUUUUAAUUUGUAUGGAGGUUAAUAAUAUGAACCGAGAUUUAUAUGUAUAUACCUACAGUGGAAUAUAACUAAGAGAAACAGGGAUAGCAUAAAAACGUAAAUAAAAUAAAAUUUUAUGGUGUUA